AUUCUAGUGACCCACCAGUUUACUGUACACAAGAGAAAGUCCUUGCACAGUUUUUGAGAGUUUCCUAAAAUGUUGGCAGCAAAAGCUUGGAUCCAAGGAUGCAUCCUGCUGGUGUUACUGACAUUAUGUGGACAAACUGCUGACUGCCAAAGUCAAUACAAAGGCUCUGCAAAUCAUGAAGAACUGAGACUCAUCCUGGUUGGUAAAACAGGAUCAGGAAAGAGUGCAUCUGGAAACACCAUUCUGGGGAAUACAAAUGCUUUCAAAGAGGACAUUUCACCUGAGUCUGUUACUGACGGCUGUCUCAGAAAAGAGGUAGAAAAAGGUGGAAGAAAAAUUGUUGUGAUUGACACUCCAGGGCUGUUUGACACAAGCAAAACACAAGAUGAAGUGAAAGCAAAAAUUGAAGAGUGCAUUGAACAGUCAGUUCCUGGACCGCAUGCUUUCCUUUUAGUCAUCAGCCUGAAGUCAAGGUUCACACAAGAGGAACAGGAUGCUGUGACGUGGAUUGAAGAAAACUUUGGUUCAGAUGCUUCCAUAUACACCAUAGUUCUGUUUACACAUGGUGACCUGCUGCAGGAUAAAUCAGUGGAAGACUAUGUAAAAGAAAGUAAACAUCUACAAAGACUGAUAGACAAGUGUGGAGGAAGGUACCAUUCACUCAUCAAUAAUCAGAAAGAAAGCAGAAAACAGGUCAAAAAUCUUCUAGAUAAAAUAGAGGAAAUGGUGGAAUUGAAUGGAGGAAGUCACUACACCAAUGAUAUGUAUGAUGCAGCCCAGAAGAGACUUGAAGAAGAAAGGGAAAAGAGGAGGAGGGAGGAAGAGCAAAGAAAAAGGGAAGAAGAGGAGAGGAUC